AUAUACGUUGUACGCGCGAAAGUCAACAUCGCUUCAAAAUCAAGAAUGAUUGCGCUUGUGGUUGGCCUGGUAGUUACAUGUGUUGAGGUUGGUGGACACGAUGUAUGUCUGGCAAACCAAGAAAAGAGUCACUUUAAUAACUUGAGAAACCAGUUGAAGGGUGUUGAAAAUACAAUCAGUUACUUGGAAAAGGGACUUAAAGGAAAACAUGUUUUUGCAAAUAGUGGUUGUAGGAAGGACUGGAAACGUUUUAGAGAUCACUGUUACUAUAUUAGUAAACAGAGGACAAGUUGGUUUGAAGCUGAGAGGCAUUGCCGUGCAGAAGGUUCGUCCCUCUCAAGCAUUAAUGAUGAUAAUGAAAACAACUGGAUAAAGUCGAAAUUGAAAGAAGCAAACAUUGGUUGUGCAUGGAUAGGAGCAACUGACUGUGAAUCAGGCAAAUGGAUAUGGGUGUCAAACUUUGCACCUGUUAAAUAUUUCAAAUGGAAGAGUAAUGAACCAAACGGUGGAACUGAUGAAAAUUGUAUAGAGAUGCGACCAUCUGGGCUAUGGAACGAUAGAAGUUGCAAGGUUACAACUUACUUUAUAUGCAAGAGACAUGUUAAAAAUGGCUGCCCUUCGAAAAAGGACUAACAGUGAACGAAAUAAACUGUGUCAAACGA